AUGAGAAACCAUACGGUAACAACAUUCAUACUCCUGGGACUGACUGAUGACCCACAACUACAGGUUUUGUUUUUCAUCUUUCUCUUUCUCACCUACAUGUUGAGUGUAACUGGGAACGGGACCAUCAUCAUACUCAUCUCACUGGAUUCUCACCUUAAAACAACUAUGUACUUUUUUCUACAAAAUUUCUCCUUUUUAGAGAUCUCAUUCACAUCUGUCUCAAUUCCCAGAUACUUGUAUUACAUAGGAACAGGUAACAAGCUCAUUACUUACAGUGCCUGUGUCUGUCAAGUAUAUUUUAAGCACCUCUUUGGUGUAACAGAAUUUUUCCUUCUAGCUGCCAUGUCCUACGACCGCUAUGUGGCCAUCUGCAAACCCUUGCAUUAUGUGACCAUCAUGAGCAACACCAUCUGCAGAAGACUUGUCUUUUGCUGUUGGGUGGCUGGUCUGUGUAUUAUAACCCCGCCACUGAGCCUGGGCUUAAAUCUUGAAUUCUGUGAUUCUAAUAUCAUUGAUAACUUUCUCUGUGAUGCAUUUUCCCUCUUGAAGAUCUCUUGUUCAAAUACUUGGUUCAUAGAACAGACUGUUAUAAUCUGUGCUGUGUUAGCUCUCAUUAUAACACUUAUGUGUGUCAUUCUGUCCUACAUUUACAUCAUCAGGACAAUUCUACGAUUUCCAUCUGUCCAGCAAAAGAAAAAAGCCUUUUCUACCUGUUCUUCCCACAUGAUUGUUGUUUCUAUCACCUAUGGCACCUGCAUAUUUGUCUACAUCAAACCUUCAGCAAAAGAAUCCAUGGCCAUUAAUAAAGGUGUGUCAGUGCUCACAACUUCCAUUGCCCCUAUGCUGAACCCUUUCAUUUACACCCUGAGGAACAAGCAGGUAAAGCAAGCCUUCAAUGACUUAGUCAAAACACUUGUAAUAUUUUCCAGGAAAUAA